UACGAUUCUUGUUUUUUUUUUCUGUUCUGAAAGGAAUCUUGAACCCAGAAAACUUAAUAUUUUUUGGCAACCAUUCAAAUUAUUGGUGGCUUCAAAUUCACCUCUUACCAACAUAUACACCUGUAAUCUUUAUAGUUUCUGCAUCAGCCCAUAUGAUAUGAUGUAUCUGAAUCUGGUGUUUUCAAAAGGUGAUUAGGAGGACUGGAGGAGAUUUCUAGACUUUCCAAAUAUCAGAGCUUUUGAUUUCCUUUCUUAGCUCAUAAAUAUUCCAAGAUCCCAAUUUCAGUUAGCGCAUCGCUUCAUUGAUAUGGUUCAGACAUGUUAGCAGUGUAUCCCUCGGGAACUAUCAACAAAUUCCACAUUCCUUUUAGCUUCAAUGCCCCUUCGCGCGGAUACAGAACCACUACCUUUGGUCAUUUGAUAAGUAGUUGUUCUGUCUUCUCGGAAUCAAGAGUUCCUUGGAGCAAUGUAGAGUGUUACCACUCAUCCUUUUCUCCACCAGGCCAAGUUAAAGGAAUUGGAUGUUUUGUCGUUCACGCAACAACUCGGAGGAAGAGUACCGUUUGUCACGCAACAUAGCUAUAAGUCUUUUAAGACGUUACAGGACCGUGAUUGAACGCGGUCAAGGCGAAACCUUAAAAGGAUUCAUUUCUGCUGGUAUGAACGCAUAUGCUCUCGGUUGCACGGAUGAAGAUUUGAGAAAAGAACUUAUGGCUAUGAAAGAAUCAGGUUUAGAGAUCGAUAGAAUGGAGAGUUACCACGGAAGCACACAAACUAAGUCCAAGAUUUUGAUGUCCGAGGUGGAUGAAUGCAUACUGUGGCUUAGCAUUGUUUUCAUCACAAUCUUGUGUACGCCGCAACCCACGGUCGUCAGAUGGUCAUCGACUCCUUCGGUUUCAGAUGAAGUUCUAAAAAAAUGGAGAGUCUUUUGUGCGGUUAUAGCCAAUGCAUACUAUAUCAGGGGAAUGGCAUGUGUCAUUACCAGAUCGUUGGGUGAGUGUAGGCUGCCGGUGAAGACUCUUCAACUGGAACAGAUGGCAGUAAUGGGACAGGCGGAGGAGCCGUCGGUUGUGGCCAGCAGAAUGCCACUGGUCUUUAGCACUCUCGAGGUAGUGAGUCCACAGUGGCCACGGGUUUAAGUAUGAUGUACUGCAAUUUUCCACCUCUACCUCCAGCAUUUGUGUGCGCGCGUCACUAUAAUUUCCUUUUUCAUUGUUGUUGCUUCCGUUAAAACUCUUCCAGCGCCACCUACGUCACAUACAGGCUUAAAUUCUAAUAUUUGAUCCACGAAUUCGGUAGGUUUGAGCCCAUUGGGAGUUGUCUUACUCCAUGAUUCGCACUCACAACUCCAAUGAACACCAGCACAAGCAGCUCUGUGACUUUCAUAUUUGUUUUUCUUAUAUAUUUAUGAAAUACUUCUCAAACAAGA